GUUGAUUUUAAAGCCUUCUGUUUUCAGAGGAGACUGUCAUCAGAGGAUACAGGAUUCCCAGAGGUGCAAUAACUCUUGUGAACAUGUGGACCUGCCAUAAUGAUCCAGAGAUCUACCCAGAACCCGAGAAGUUCAAUCCGUACCGAUUCAUCUGUGAAGACAAGAGCAAGAGACCCGAUCUUCCCAUCAAUUUUGGUGUUGGCAAGCGAACGUGUAUUGGAGAAGGUUAUACGAUGUCUCAGAUCUUUCUUUUUCUCACUACAAUCAUCCAGAAUUUUAAACUGACCUACCCUGAAGGUUCUGAAAUUGUAAAUUAUGAGUUUCUUUUGAGUGGAAAAUUGGACAUUUGUGCUAUCCCAAGAAUCGAAGAGAAUUAGGGGGAAAAUGCUUCAUUGUAUUAGAGAAAAACAAGUGAUUGUUUUGAAAAAAUAACUUGCUUCUUAAGCAUAUCAAUUUAAUCAAUAAAAGCUUGUAUAUUUA